UAGUCAGUCAGACGUUAAACCUCKCUGUGAAGUUGUUUUUGUUUACUUUGGAAAAGGAUUAUUGUUACCGGAAACUUUGAAGCGAAGAAAGUACCUUUUUUAGAUAGGCUUGAAACUUUUCUGUUUAUUUUUUUUUUGUGAGUUUUAUUUUCCUCUUGAAGCUAACCGGAACAAAGGAUUCGCGCGCCGCACACUCGCUAAUAGUUGAAACUGGUGUGCUCUCUCACCGGUGAGUCUUUUAUGUAUUUGGAUUUGACACGUGUAUCCCGCUGUACUACUAUGGUCGUCAUGGAGGUUCCCACUAUCGACUGUGCGUCCCUCCGCGGCCUGUUGGAGGGCGACGUCCCGGGCUGCCUGGUGCUGGACUGCCGCUCCUUCCUCUCCUUCAACUCGUCGCACAUUUCGGGCUCCACCAACGUGCGYUUCAGCACCAUAGUUCGCCGGAGAGCCAGGGGCGGCCUGGGACUCGAGCACAUCGUGCCCAACGAGGACACCCGGAACCGGCUGCUGUCCGGGGAGUACCAGGCGGUGGUGCUUCUCGACGACCGGAGCUCGGACUUCAGCCAGGUGAAGAAGGACGCCACGUUGAUGCUGGCUGUCACGGCCCUGUGUCGCCACCUGUGUGGGGCCAGUGUGUUUAUCCUUAAAGGUGGGUUUGACAGUUUUGCAUCAGCUCAUCCAGAGAUGUGUACCAAACCUUCCCCUCCACAAGGGCUUAGUUUAUCCCUAAGCUCCAGGCAUCCUGACAGUGCUGACCCAAGCAGCAGUCCGUGUAACACUCCUCUUUAUGACCAGGGAGGCCCUGUGGAGAUCUUGCCGUUCCUGUACCUCGGCAGUGCCUACCACGCGUCCAGGAAGGACAUGCUGGACAUGCUGGGGAUUACGGCCCUCAUCAACGUCUCGGCCAACUGCCCCAACCACUUCGAGGACUCCUUCCUCUACAAGAGCAUCCCCGUCGAGGACAACCACAAAGCGGACAUCAGCUCCUGGUUCAACGAGGCGAUCGAGUUCAUCGACUCCGUGAAAAGCAAAGGAGGCCGCGUGUUCGUGCACUGCCAGGCGGGCAUCUCGCGCUCCGCCACCAUCUGCCUCGCCUACCUGAUGCGGGCCAACCGCGUGAAGCUGGACGAGGCCUUCGAGUUCGUCAAGCAGCGCCGCAGCAUCAUCUCGCCCAACUUCAGCUUCAUGGGCCAGCUCCUGCAGUUCGAGUCCCAGGUCCUGGCCUCGUCCACGUGCUCCUCGGAGGCGGGCAGCCCGGCCCUCGGCGGCGGGGGCGGCGGCGGYGGCUCCGUCUUCAACUUCCCCGUCUCCAUCCCCGUGCACACCUCCGCCACCCAGCGCUCCUUCCUGCACAGCCCCAUCACGACCUCUCCCAGCUGCUGAGGGAMGGAAGGGGAACGGACUUUGCUUCGACCGAAAAGCGGACUCCGCUCCGAGCAUUUCACAAAAUGAUGAGAUCAUGGUUUGUCUCGUCGUGGUGAUGCUGGUAUCACUGGACGGAUGGAGUGGUGUCGCGCGAGGCCCAGUAGAUCAUUUCAAAAGGAGAUUUGAUAUCUACUGUCAGACAGUAUUGAUGCUUAACUUCCUUAAUGUGAAAGUCCUCUCCAAGGCCAGCCUUGAAGGACUCCAGAGGAGACGGUCCUGUUUAGGAAAUGGUCUGAUUCUUUAAGUGACUGAUUGUUUGUUGUAAUUUAAUGAAGGCUUUAGAUAAUCACAAUCAUUUAAAACACAAUGGAGAGGGCUAACAGUUAUCUCAGGAAUGGUUAUUGAACCUCUCAGAUCUUGUUUUUUUUUUWUUUUGGUUUCAACACGUGCCAAGAGAGCAGCGUGAAUCAGAUAGAACGUGGGAGUCCCUCACUAUAUGAAUGUACCCCUUUUUUUUUAUCAGUAGACGUGUCUUAAAGCUUCCUGCUUGGAUAAAGAGUUCAGGAGGUUUCAAGUUAGAAUCCAAAGUUGUUUUUUUUCUUUUAUUUUUUGUCUUCCAAGACAUAACUGACGAUCCUGACAUGUUGGGUGAGCCAACGUUAAAAUACCUCAUGUUGUUUUUUUUUCUGUACUAUGUGCUGCGGCAGGAUCCCCCCCCCAAAAGAACUACUAAAGACGGGGCGAAGGUGUCUUUUUAUGACUGCGUUUUGACAUAUUUAUUAACUAAAGUAAUAUAUUUCUUUAUGGUAUCUAUUUUUACAAAUGUUUGUUGAAAUGCCCUUUUUUAUACGUGUGAAUAAAUCUCAUUUGAGUUUUUUUAAA